CUUUGUCGGUUUCUAAAUAAUAAUAAAAAAAAUCUAGAAGGCAGUAUCUGAAGAAUUUUGUUCUGCUAAAAUGAGACUAAAUAUUAGCUCCAUUUGGUAUUUUAUUCGGGUUUGGUUCAAGUUCAUAUAGACCAUUAAAAUUAUUUUUUUUAAAGUUAAAUUUAUAUAUACUUUAAAUUUCUUAAAAUAUAAAAAUAAUAUAUAAUAUAUAAACUUAAAUAUUGUAUUCUAAAAUAUCUAAACUUAACAUAAAAAUUAGUUUGACUUGAAUAUUUGGAUGGAGAAUCAAUAAAUAUUUCAAAUAUUUUUGGUGUUUUAAAUAUUAUUUAGCUAUUUGAGAUAUUGACUUUUGACUGUUUGUAUAUAUUUUAAAAUAUUUGGACAAUUUUAAAAUAUUUUAUAUAUUUUAAAUAUUUUUUUGGUUAUUAAAUCUAAAUAUAAUUAAUAUAUUUUGCUAUAUAAAUCUGCUUCGGAUAUAUUCAUAUACCCAACAUAUUUCAGUUUGUAAAUAUUUUGAAUUUUCUUCGAUAUUUAACCAAUUUUGCUUCAUGUUUGGUAUUAAUUUUUUGUAUUGGAUUUGGUUCGGUUACUGGAACUCAAGUUUUUUGUCCAUCGCUAGAUUGUGCUUUGAACAAAAAAGUGCUUCGCGUAAUUUACAAGUGAAGUCCACGGGGACACAACGUGUGAACACGUCUAUAUGGGACCCAACAGAGUUUUUCUAUGCAGGGCCACUUUGUUUUCACACUCAAUGCUGAUUGGUUCCAACUCCAAUUCGUUCCUUCUUAUGGUUUUUUUUUUUUUGGUAAAAUCCUUCUUCUUCUUCUUCCUCCAAUGCUCCUUAUGGUUUUUAGCCUGCUUUGCUAAUUUUCCCAAUUAAAAAAUCAAAUGCACAACACUCAAAAUCAAAUAUCAAAAAUGUUGAUUACAGUUAUUUCCAAAGUUUAUAUACAGAUCAUUAUUGAUAUUUGUUCUUGAAAAGAAGAAGAACUAUACAUUUUAAGCAUGCCUUUUUGUUUUUAUGACAUUGGAUUAUAUUAAAACUUCAAUCAAGUAGUACAUAUGUCAACUAUGCUCACAUAAGGCUAUAGGGAAAUAGUUUCAUUCUGGGAUUGAAAUCUUCAAAUGCAUUGUUUCACUGAUUCGGUACGCAAUGAAUUUAACACAUGGUAAAAUUCCAUAGACAUGUAUGAAUUAGUUUAUUCUUUUUAUUUUUCAAUUAAAAGAAGGGGGUAUUGACUUGGGAACAUAACGAAAUCUGAGUGGACAUGGAAAUUGUCAACGCGUUUAUUUGAUACUAAUAUUUUACUUGGAUGCAUUCAUUUUCUUAGAUAUACGCAUUUGUUGUUAAGAAACAUUAUAUACAACAUACACAUGACGUCAUCAACGUCAUUGACUUCACCACAUAUAUAAGCCAAAUGAUAUGGCCAAACUAUCAAACACAAGAAUAUUUCAAAGCGAAACAACAAACAAAAUUAUUUGUUCCUGUGCCUUUUUUCAUAUUAUUUAGCCAAUUUAUUUCUCAUCAUAGGGCUUCUUCUUCUUUUUUCUAGAAGCUCAUCUCUUUUCUCCCAAGUGUUUAUUUUCUUCCUUUUUUUUGUUAGUAAUAAAUCACAAAUGGAAGUAGCUUUGAACAUGAAUGGCUACACAGAAGAGUUCAUGCAAGCUCUUGAAUCGUUCAUGAAGGUAACUUCAUCAUCAUCAUCAUCAUCUUCUUCUCCAUCUUCAUCAAAACAAGAACAAUUAACUCUCAAUAACCAAACCGGUCCUAUUGGGCUAAACCAGCUCACUCCCAUUCAAAUCCUCCAAAUUCAAAGAGAGUUGCAUCUCAGACAAAACCAAACUCGCCGUCGUGGCGGUAGUGCCCAUAACCUCCAUCUUCUCAACGCUAAACCAACCCUAAUGAAGAAAACCGACGUAACUAGACCGGUUAAACUACACCGAGGCGUAAGACAACGGCAUUGGGGUAAAUGGGUUGCUGAGAUAAGGUUGCCUAAAACCCGAACCCGGUUAUGGCUCGGUACGUUUGAAACCGCGGACGAAGCUGCAUUAGCUUACGACCAAGCUGCUCGUAAGAUAAGAGGAGAAAACGCUCGUCUCAAUUUCCCAAACAACAAAGAAUACAAGGAGACCUUGUCUCCUACUGUCAACGCUAAGAUCGCAUCCAUCUUCAAUAGCUCUGAUCUUCCCAUGCAUGAGCUCAAGAAACCGGCCAAAACAGAGGAAGGGUUCUUUGGUUUUCAAUAUACCGGUCCUAAACCAGAUCAAGAACGUGAAUUUCCGGAUAUAUUCGGAUACGAGUCUGGUUCUUCUCAUGAGUCGAAUAUAACGUUAUUGAAUUUCUCAAGCGAAUGGAUAAAGGAAAAUGAGAGCUUUUGCAUAGGUUUGCAGAAGUAUCCUUCUCUGGAGAUUGACUGGGAGGCUAUAGAUAAACUCUCUGAGUCCGUCUAAGCUUUUAAAACUCAUUCGCUUAUAAUUGUUUUAGAAGUUUAUAUGUUUUGAGCUUUGUAAUAGAACUUCUUGAUGCAGAGGAACACUGAACCUAAGAGCAUCCACAUUAGUGAACCCCCCUUUGGGGUUCAUAGCAUUUUUUUAAUAUUUUUUGGGUAGGGCCAUAAAUAGUAUUGAAUUUCUUGCUAUUGUGCUUCUACAUUAGUGAACCUCUCUAGGAGUUCAUAAGAAUUAAAUAAUAUAUUUAUAAUUUUUUUUUUACUUUUGAAAUUAUUUUGAAAAGAUAAAUAUAAUAUUGUAAAAUAUAUUUUAUAAAUAAAAUUUAUUCAUUACAUUGAUAAUUGAUGAAGAUACAAAGAUUAUUCAUCUAAGUUACCAAAUUUUUGCCAUACAUUUUCAACUAAAUCAGCUUUCAAACUAUCAUGUUUUCCUGAAUCCCGAACUUCAUUGCGCAUGCCUAGCAUGUUAUUCAAAUGCAAACUUUCUCUCCUUUUGACUUUCGAAUUUCUGCUUGACUCUCCUGACUCGAACUGAGAAGUAUCACUUAGAGAGUAUCCGCCUCGUUCGUUCUCCACAAUCAUAUUGUGUAAUAUGACACAAGUUCUCAUAAUCUUCCCUAACUUUUCCUUGUCCCAUAGUCGACCUGGGUUUUUUACUAUUGCAAACCUCGAUUGCAAUACCCCGAAAGCCCUUUCGACAUCUUUCCUAGUGGAUUCUUGAUGUUUAGCAAACAGCUCUGCUUUAUUACCUUGAGGAAGUGGGAUGGAUUGGAUAAAUGUUGACCAAUUCGGAUAAAUUCCGUCAGUAAGGUAGUACGCCAUACGGUAAGUGUGAUUGUUGACCUUGAAUUUAACUUUAGGUGCUCGACCUUGUAUAAUGUCAUCAAAAACAGGAGACCGAUCAAGAACAUUGAUAUCGUUUAAGGUACCUGGUAAUCCGAAAAAUGCGUGCCAUAUCCAAAGAUCUUCUGAUGCCACAGCCUCUAAGACAAUUGUCGGCUUUCCUGAACCUCGUGUGUACUGCCCUCUCCAAGCCGUAGGGCAGUUUUUCCACUCCCAAUGCAUACAGUCAAUGCUACCAAUCAUUCUUGGAAACCCGCGAACCUCUCCAAUAUCGAGUAAUCGUUGAAGAUCUUCCGCGGUAGGUCUUCUUAGAUACUCUUCACCAAAAAAGUCUAUUAUCCCAUUAGUGAAAUGUUCCAAACAUAAAAGUGCCGUACUUUCACCAAGUCGGAGAUAUUCGUCAUACGUAUCUCCCGAUUGACCAUAUGCGAGCAUACGUAUAGCUGCCGUACAUUUUUGAAGAGGUGAUAGGCCUUUCCUUCCGUGAGCAUUUCGUCUUUGCCGAAAGUAUGGAACACCUGUACUUAGCCGCUCGACAAUGCGAAGGAACAAUGGCUUGUUCAUUCGAAAACGCCGCCUAAACAUGUCCGGUGGGUAAGUAGGAUUUUCCUGGAAAUAGUCAUUCCAUAGUUGAAUGUGGCCUUGUUCCCGAUCUCUUUCGAUAUAAGCUCGUCUCUUUGGUUUGUUGGCUUGUACAAGUAGAGAGUCGACGAUAUUAUCAAAUUCUUCGUCAAAAAAUUCUUCAAAAACUUCAUCUACGCCAUCUGACGAUGAGGACGACAUUUCUUAUAAAGAAAAAAAAAAGAGAUAAAAGAAGAACAAUUGAUUUAGAGUUUUUUUAAAAAAAAUUAAAAAGGGAAAAAAUUGAAAAAAACAAGAUAGAAGAAAAAAAAA